AUGGCCCAGAAAGGAAACCAAAGAGUCAGCUGCUCCAUCUGUCAUGGUCCACCAAAGGACCCGGUGACCAAAUCCUGUGGACACAGCUACUGCACGAUCUGUAUCAAAAGCCACUGGGAUAGAAAGGACAAGAAGGGAACCUACAGCUGCCCUCAGUGUGAAAAGACCAUCCGACCAAGACCUGACCUGAAGAAAAUAAACAGGCUAGCAAAGCCAGCGGUGAAGAAGAUUCAGACUGAAGCAACUGAGGAUGUGGACAGUGACGUUGGUGGUGGCGUUGACUGUGAUGCUGUGGGCGAUGUGGACUGUGAUGUUGCGGGCGAUGUGGACUGUGAUGUUGGGGGCGAUGUGGACUGUGAUGUUGGAGGCGAUGUGGACUGCGAUGCUGUGGGCGAUGUGGACUGUGAUGUUGGGGGCAAUGUGGACAGUGAACACAAUGAAGGCUGUAUGUCUCGUUUGAUUGAAAUGUUUUCUUGUUGCUUUGACAACAAGUCCGAGUGA